GCGGUAACACUAGAUAACGACCCACUUGAAGCUUUAACAAAAGCAAGCUCUCUUUCAACCGCGCAAGUACCCUCUUAAAACCCUAAGGUGUUGAUGGGUCGCCGAAAGAACCAAAGCAGCAGCAGCACUUCGGACUCGGCGGCGACCCGGUUCGAAGACGCCGACCACGACGAGUCCAUGUGCGACCACCCGGAUCUCGACAAAGCCGUCCUCGACGUCUCCAUGGCCGACGACGAGCCUGCGGAGGUCUCCAAUGAUAAGACCAGCGCCGACUAUUACUUCGACUCCUAUUCUCACUUCGGUAUUCAUGAAGAGAUGUUAAAGGAUCUAGUGAGAACCAAGACAUAUCAAAAUGUUAUUUAUCAGAAUAAGUUUCUAUUCAAGGACAAAAUUGUUCUUGAUGUCGGAGCUGGGACUGGAAUUUUGUCCCUAUUCUGUGCAAAAGCUGGCGCCAAGCAUGUUUAUGCAGUUGAAUGCUCAGAUAUGGCUGAGAGGGCAAAAGAGAUUGUUGAAACUAAUGGGUUUUCUAAUGUUGUGACCGUUUUGAAAGGAAAGAUUGAAGAACUGGAGCUUCCAGUUGCUAAAGUGGAUAUAAUUAUUUCUGAGUGGAUGGGAUACUUUUUGUUGUUUGAGAACAUGUUGAAUACAGUCCUCUAUGCUCGUGAUAAAUGGCUGGUAGAUGAUGGAAUUUUGCUACCGGACAAAUGUUCUCUCUUUCUGACAGCUAUUGAGGAUGCAGAGUACAAAGAAGACAAGAUAGAAUUUUGGAAUAACGUAUAUGGCUUUGACAUGAGCUGCAUCAAGAAGCAAGCCAUGAUGGAGCCUCUUGUGGACACAGUUGACCAAAACCAAAUUGUUACAAAUAGCCAGCUACUCAAGACAAUGGAUAUAUCUAAGAUGACUCCUGGAGAUGCUUCCUUCACAGCUCCUUUUAAGCUUAUUGCUGAACGUGAUGAUUUCAUUCACGCUCUCGUAGCGUACUUUGAUGUGUCAUUUACAAAAUGUCAUAAAUUAAUGGGCUUCUCCACAGGGCCAAGAUCACGAUCUACACAUUGGAAGCAAACAGUCCUGUACUUGGAAGAUGUUCUGACAGUAUGUCAUGGAGAGUCGAUUGUUGGGACCAUGACUGUAGCGCAAAACAAAAAGAAUCCCCGUGAUAUUGAUAUAAUGCUCAAGUAUUCAUUGAAUGGCCAGCGGUGCACAGUCUCUAGGGUUCAAUGUUACAAAAUGCGUUAAGUUGCGCUAUGUUAUUGUUCCAUGAGAAAGCAAUCCAUAAUUGCAAAAUCUAAAUGUUGUGGAUUGUUGUGCACCUGUUUUAAGAAAAAGCUGCCUCCAUAUAGAUCUAGGAAAUGUUCUAGGAGGCAGUUUUGUAGCAUUUGUACUAUUAAUUAUUCAUUUCUUGAAUUUGUAAUAUCACAAUUUUGAAAGGCUUGGUAUUUGAUCUAUUAUUCGACUUUUUGACAG